CUCGCAUCUUCCUGUAGUGUGCCUUCUUGGGCAGAUGGAGGUGAACAUGAACGGAUUUUCUGGAUUUCUUUGUACAUUGAACUGCUCAAAGGCACACACUGUUGGUGAUCUCAAAGCAGAGAUCGAAUGCAGCUCUGGAAUCUCCUGCAUCGAGCAGAAAUUGGUGUGUUGCGGUGAGGACCUGGAAGAUGAACGGCUCUUGGGAAGUUUGAUCCCUGCAGAUGCUGAUGCCAUGGAGGUUGAUAUGGACACGACGACGACAACUCUGGAGCUCUCCUUGAUCCGCGUUGACGCCAGACGUGCCCAAGCUCUCCAUGAUGUGCGCUGCAAUGGGCUCUGUUUAGAGACGCUGUCGGAGGACCUUCGCAACGAUCGAGACAUUGUUCUGGCUGCAGUGAAACACAACGGCUUCGCUGUGAUCCACGCGCACCCCGAGCUCCGCCGCGACCCCGAGAUCGCCCUGGCAGCGGUCAGCGAUCGUGGCUUCGUGUUGCGCUACUUGGAAGAUGCCUUGAAGGCGGGAGAAAG